AUGUCAGUUAUUCGAGAUAGACAUCCCCUCACUUCACUUAAUUAGCUACAAAAUCUAUUUGGAAAGUCUAAACAAUAAGAGAACACUCAAAAUGUAUGCCCAGAGAAAGUUAGAGGUGCAAGUAAACCUAAACAAAAAACUGAGGGAUCUAGGAGAGAAGUCUCAAAUGUAUAAAAAAGUUAAUACACUUUAUAAUCAUAAAAAUUAUAUACUAAUCAUUUAGAUAACAUUAAAUCAUCAAGGGCAUUUAAUGUGAAAAGUUAAGAUCUCUUACUUUCACCUGAAAGAAUUGAAUCCUUAUAAUAAGAUAAUAAAGUACUUGAAAUAUAAAAUGAUAAAAAGAGAAUACUUAAAUAAUCUGUUGAACAUUCAAAUGAUCAAAAUAAUAAUAAUAAAUUAUUCACAUCAGAUGAUUAACAAAAAAAGACUGAAUAAUCAUAAACAAUUUAAUUAAAAAAUCUUAUUUAAUCUAAAUAAUAAAGAGAUACAAAUAAUAAUGAGAUUUUAGAAAAAUAAAAGAAUUCAAGAAGAGAGAAACAUGUUGCUUAAAUUUUAUAUGAUGAUAGUAGAACAAGACAAUAAAAAAAUUAAUUAACUAGUCAAAGUUUAGCUACAAAUGAAGGUAAAUUAUCAGAAAUAUCUUAAUAAUGGUUUAUUUAAAGAUUUAUUAAAGAUUUUUAUUAUUUUCUUAGUAAUACAGAGAAUGUCAAAAAAAGUUGGGAUUACUCAAAAAUAUAUGAAAAUGAUUUUCAAUAAAUUCUAUAAGGAUUAGGAUUUGGAGAAAGUAAAGAAUUAUGGAAUGACUUUACAAAUGGUUCUUAUAUUCUCUCUAGAAAUAUAUUAAUUGUCUUACUUGCCAUACUUAAUGUACCAGUUUAAUAGAUACCUCUUUAUAUACCUAAAGAUGAUGAAUAAGUUCCUAUGGCAUCACAUUAUAAAAAUGAUGAAAAUGGAAAUCUAAUAUUAUCAACUUAAGAUUGUAUUGAAAUUCAUAAUAAAUACAAAUAAUUAUAUUUGAACACAAAAUUAAAUCAUGGAAAUGGAUAAAGAAGAAAUAUUGAGAAAUCAAAAUCACCUCCUUAAGUUAUCAAUUUAUUAAGUAAUAGAUCAAGAGAUAUGGCAAUCAAGAAGAAAAAUAAUCUUAAUAUUAAUGAAUGGUUUGCUUAAUAAGAAUAGAAAAAGAAGGAUAAUAUUGAGAAAUUGAAAAACUAAUUAGAAUAAUCAGAAGAAACUAAGUAAAUAAAAUAAACUAUCAGACCUCUUGCUAUUGAUUUAACUUCAUUAAGUAAACCAAUAAAAAAAUAAUAAGAUAAAUCAACUAUUGAUGUAGAAUUUGAAAGUCAAUAAUAAUUUUGUACUUUUUCACCUUAAAUUAAUCCAAUUAAAAAUUUUCCAAUUUCUACUGCAUCUACAUAAUAUGAUAUUGAUUAAUAAGCUAAACGAUUAAGAGAAGCUAGAUUAAGAUAAAAAACAGUUGAAAAAUUGAAAAGUACUGGAAACACUACAAACAAUGAAAGUAGAACAUAGAUUAAAUUAUAAACUGAAUAAUCAAUGAGUUAAGAACCAAAAUGCAAAAAAAUUAAAAGCAAACCAAUAUUCCUUAACUUUCCUAUUUUGUAUAUAGAUGUAAAAAUAGAUGAUGCAAAGACUGUAAGAUUACCUAUAUUUAAUGGUGACAACCCUGAAAAUUUAGCUACUAAAUUUGCAAUAGAUAAUAGUAAUAUAUUUAUUAAUUAAAUAAAGAUUUAGAUAAUUCAUUAGAGGAAAGACUUAAAGAUCUAUUAGAAGAGUAAAUAAAUUCUGUAUAAGAAUAAUAGUUAUGA